AUGACACACGCUGACCGGGCACACGUUUCCGAAUAUAUAAUGGAAAACGUGGGGAACUCGGUGCGCGUUUCGGUGACUCUCCGAAUGGAAUCGCGGCUUUUUGAUCCGUUUUUUUAUUUGGACGCCUCGACACCGACGCCACAGGAAUCUUUUCUCACCGCCAACUACAAGGCAAGAGUGAACAGUAAAAUUUGGAAGAAACGAACGAAACGUGUUCAUCAACAUCAAUCAAACAAAAUCCCCCGCCAUGAGAAAGUGGAUUACGAGGAGAGAUUCAGGAUGGUGAUGGACGCGGAAGAGCAACCAUUUUUAACAGUCACGUCUGAGAAAAAGAAUGAGCGCCGAAAGUCGUUGAUCUCGUUGCGGAGGAGCUCGACCAAUGCAACGAUCACCGAUCAAUUGUCACAAGCACCCGAUCACGACCAUUUGUUUAAAAAGCUACUGAUCGCUUGUUGUGACUCGUGUCGGCGACGACGCGCCUCGUCAGCGAUUUCGAAUCCAGAAGACUCACAACCUGAGCCGGAUAAUGAUGACGCUGACGAUGAAGACGAAGAGGAACCGGAGAGUUUUGAAUGCAACGAACAAGAUAAGGAACAUGUACAUGAUCUCUUGGCUAACAUGUACUUCAACAAGAUGGUUUUACCGCAUAUGGAGUAUGUUGAGGAUUUUGUCGAUUUCCUCAUCGACGCCGAGUUGAACGAUUUGCCGGUGCUGAAACGAGCUUGCGAGAGAUAUUUGUGCGGAGAGUUGAAUCUGAAAAAAGACCUCGCCACGUCACUGAUCCUCGAUUUGCUCUUCAUGUCGAUCGUUUUUCAUCUGCCAGUGAUGAAAUCAAUGACUUUAUCGGAGCUCUCCUAUCCGACGAGAGCCCAAGAAUUGGCGGAUCCGGAAAAGCUCCUUGAACAGGACGAGUACAGAUCGCUGGACAAACGUAUGCGUACACUUUCCGAUCGAAACUUGAUCGAAUUGAUCGAACAGUGCGCCCAGUUUCGCGAACAACGCCUACGGGUCACCUCAUUU